GGGCAUACUGUUCGUUAAAACAUAGGUCACAGUCGCAGCUGCCACUGGGUUUGCUCGAGCUCUGUUUAGUCUGCUGUCUAUCCACCACAGAGACAGAGGAGUAAACUAACCAAACUGGCAAAUGCUAUUCAGCUAACCAGGUGCUAAGUCAGCUAAGUUAUGAGCGAGCAGCGUUGUACCUUACUUCCGGGGGUAGCGUUAUAAUGUUUGUAACGCUAAGACAGAAAGGCCAGCAACAGUUCAACGAGGCAGCAGGUCGUUGUUGUUGAGUUGUUUUUUAAUUAGCUAAGUCAAGCUAAUGCGGAAGGCACCCCCACAGAGAGAUCAAUGGUUAGCGUAACGCUGGGGACAUAAAAGUCUGCUUGUUUUAAAGGCAAUUCUUGAUGAGAAGAGGAUGUCUAAACGUCUGCGAAACACAGAGCUCUGCGCUGAUUGCAGUGUCCCAGGUAAGCUAAUUCACGCUAUCUUUGCAGUGUUUGUUCUGGUAGCUGUUAUUUGGUCCUUGCAGGGGUUAGUAAUCCAAAGCUUUGCACUUCACUGUUUUGGUUAAACCAGAUUACUUACGCUGGCACAUGCUGCAGUAAACUAGACAUAAACCAAGUUGUUGCAGACAGGUCCUCGGGUUUAGAGAUGCAAUUAGACCUGCAGCAGCUGUCUACUUUAAAUAAUCAGGCAUUUAUGAAGUGCGCCGGUAUGGUUUCACUGUUUUGUGCAAGUUUCUUUCAGUUAACGUGAAGAAUAUAUAUGUUCAAAAUAAAGUCUCGAUAUGCAGACAUUAUCAGGAUCCUUCUGAUGUGGUCAUCAAUCAUGAAAUAACUUCUCUGUUGUUAUCCUUCAUGUAUGUAGGGCUGGGCGAUAUGGACCAAAAGUCAUAUCCCGAUAUAUUUAGGCUGAAUAUCGAUAUAUAUCCCGAUAUUGUUAUCGCAGAGUGAAGGUCCUUUCACACUGGGAGCUUUCGUGCGACUAUUUCGUACGUCAAUACAAGCGUUCACAUCAGCGACGUCUUCCCAUCCUGCAAUAUUGCAGCAUUUAUUUUUUCGGAUCACGAUCGAUUUUUCUAAAGUUUUGCAUACUGUGUGUCCACUUCUGACCAAUCAGAUUUCGUGUUGUUGCGACGUCAGAUUCACCGGUAUAUCCAACAGGGCAGACCGGCUGAUUGUUUACAUGUGGGAGAACAGAGUGCUUUUUGUUAAAAGACACAAAUAUUACAAGUAUAACAACCUGAAGGACAACUUGUGGAGAGUCAUAGCGUUGGAUUUCUUGUAUGACUAUGGUUUGUUGCUAAACGUUUUUGUUUUAACUUUCAUCUGUGCUAAGUAACUUUAUAAUCCAUAAACGUAAGGUAACAACCAAGACCUAAUGGCGCUGUGACAGCAGCACGAUUGAGUUUGAGACAGUGAAAAUACUUACGAGAUAGUUUAAUGUGCUUAUCUGGUACUGGCCCCGACUCAGUACAUGCUAUCAUGACAGACAGCCAUCUCAACACUAGUGUCUAAUCAGAACUGAAAACAUACAAUCUGCUGCUGUGUCAGUCUUCUUGCUUCCACCGGGGACGCGUCUUUUUUCCCCCCGGAAAGUCGCCAAUUGCAUCGCGCUUGAUCUGUAUAUUCAGGCGCGUCAAAAUUCGCCUCUGAAUAUUUCGUAAUUUCCCGUUGUAUAUUUGCAUCAUUGUAAGAACCUUGAGAACAAAUGUUUAGUCACAGUCAAAGCCAAAUAUGACAAGUCACGAGUAGCUCUAUUUAAACUGGCUGGAUGAAAUUAUGCUCAGCUGUUCAAAGAACAAUGAAAUGUAAACGUAAAUACUGUAAAACCACAGUAGAGCCUGGGGCCAGCAACUGAAACGGCUCGGUCACCCCAGUGUUUGUGUUUUGUUCUGGGCACCUCCAGCAGAAGUUGAUUUGACAACCUCAGAGCUUUACCUGGCUCACAAAUGGUUAAAAGCUCAGGUGGAUAGAUGGGGGGCAAAGCCAUAAAAAGCUUUAAAAACAAACAUUAAAAGUUUAAAAUCAAAUAGAGACAGGAAGCCAAUGAAGGGAGCUAAGGACAGGAGUGAUGUGCUCAUGUCUGUUAGUGUUUGUUAAAAGACAAACAGCAGCAUUUUGGACAAGUCAUGUAAAACACGGAUGCUGUUUGGCGUUAUGAGAAAAAUGGAGAACUUAUAUAAUAUCGACCAGUGAAAACAUAUUGCACAAUAAAAACAUAUAUCCUUGACCCAAAUUUAACACUUGGGAAAGAAUUGAAUCUACCACUGCGCUCUAGCAGACAUUCAGGGUUUAUUAGUUCACAUAAAACACUGAAGACGACUACAUCCUGCAUUAGUUAUGGCCCGAGAGACAUCUGUGAACAUCCUGUUACAGAAAGUGGUUAGUUUUGAGAAGUUACAUGGACAAAAGAGAAAUUGAAUGAAGUUUCAAAGGUCCAACGUAAUUUUGAAAGCACCGGUUGCAUUGUGUGUGAGCUGCUUUCAGAAGCCCUGUACAGAAAUGAGCAGGCACAGGAAGGAAGCAAAACAGGAUGCUGAGUGAAUUGACUGCAUAGUUUUAAUGCAAAGUAGUUUUUUUCUCUUUAGUGGCACGAUAAUGUGUUGAAAAUGUGAUAUAUGUUAAAAUAGAUCAUGCAUGAUUUUAAGUCAUGAAAUUUUAUUCAUCUAUUACACUUCAAAAGCUUAAACCCUGGUAGAAUAUUCAGUAAUGGUACCUUGUCUCUCAUCAUGUCAUUCAUUCUUGUUAAAGCCCUCAGGUCUCCCCAGCAGCUGGCCUGGAUUGCCCUCCCAUACAACUGCUACCAGUUGUUGGGUGUAGAUAUUUUUAGAGUUUCAAGAUGCGGUAUUAAAUUUGGCAGCACUUGUUGAGGAAAGGGUAAAACAGGCCUGUCAGCACCAUCUCUCAGGUCUGAGUGAAGAGUUAAACUAGAGGAGAAGCACUUUGGAAACGAAAGGACCAGGUGCAGGAAUUCGACCAGCAACCCCUGCAGCUGUUCGUCCUCCAGGUCAGCUGCUGCUAAAACACUUAAAAGCCCUCCCUGCCUGCCCUGUCACAGAGCCAGAAGACACUCCAUGUACUUUACACUUUGUCGGCUACCACGGCGCCUCAUGAAUUUACAGAAUUUCUGUUCAUGAGAGGAGUCUCAGCAGAGCUCUGUGACAUUUGUGUCAGAUGAAGUGUGUGAAAUGGGUCAAGGUUAAAUAAACAACCUUAUUUUAGUCACACUGUAAACUGUAUCAUCUACGUGUGCAAUGUCUCUGUUUUUAACUUGCAUUUCCCUCACUGUGCAGAGAUGAAACUCUCGGUGUGGUGCAGGCAGUUUUAAUAUAGUGUAUAUUAAAAAAGGAGGAAGUCGCUCAGUUUCCCUAACUGUAAGGUAGAGGUGUGUCAACCUUCAGCUGCUAGUUUUCACUUCCUUUUAAACACUGACACGCUUCACCAAAACCGAGUGUGGGUGCUUAUUGAGUCUCCCUUUUUACUAUCCAUUUUCAUUCUUGACUUCCCUGGUUGUGUUUGCCUGCAUGUGAUUUAAAAAAAAGUGUAAGGUGAUGAGUAAAGGUUUAUUAAUAGACGCUGUUAUGAUUAUGUUUUACAUUUGGUGCACAGUUCAGUUUGAACUUGAUUAUGCUUGCACGAAUCUUAGCUGGGGAGGUUUUUCAGGAUGGGGUUGACAUAAUUCUGUUUUUUCCUUUUUGUCGUAUAAUACCACAAAAUGACCAAAACCAGCAAUGGAUGUCUGUCUCUCAGGACUUUCUGCUUCUGUCUGCUGACUUAACCUCAAGCCACUGAGGUGUUUUAUAGCCAGAUUUACAGUUGACGCAUCUUCCUCAGCUCACUUGUUUCCUGCAGUAAUUGAAACAGUUCAUCAAAGUCACAUUUACUUGUUGCAACCAAGUGCAAAUAAACCACAAAGUCAAACUCAAACAGUUGCAGCGACAAUGAUGUUGAUGGUCAAAAACUGUGUGCUUCUCCAGCUACAAAAAACACCCACCACUAAUUUCAUCUUCCUCUACUUAAAAUGAACAGACUUAAGAAUUCACGCCACCUGCUGUGGCACCAGGACAACUACAAAUAACACAGGCUUCACACACAAACCCCAACAAAAUACAACAAAUGGCUUGAACAUAAUAUUUUAAUAAAACAUGUCAUUUUUGCUGAGGUAGUUCAUCACAACUGUGAUGUGCCACAAUAUUUAACUUCUGCAAUAACAAUAUGAAGUAUGAUAAAUAAAAACAAUGGACAGAUGCAUAUUAGCUAUAACUCACAGUUAUGUGAUAUAUCAGCUGUUCAUUUUGUUCUACACAAUACCUGUGUUUACAGAAAGUUCCUCCUCAGGCUGAAAUACCAUUGCAUGUAAAUGAAAUUAGAAUAUCAGAAAAAAACAACUUUUUAUAACUCAAACUUGUAAGUCUAAUGAAAAUUUACAAACAUAUCUUUCUCUCUUUAUAUAUAUUUAUAUAUACACACAUCUCCCUUAGAGAGAGAGAGAGAAUGUUAUGUUGCAACUCUGAGCAGUAUUAUGCUCGUACAUGUUGUAGCAGAAGGAUGGUGUAUGUGGUGUGAACCUGGAUUGAACUACAGUAAUACAGUGUAUGACUGUGUUGCUCAGUGAAGAGCUGUUUGCUUUAUUCUAUACUGAUAUUACAAUAGUGUGUCUCUAUGGCACAUACAUAUAGCUUUACAGAUGGAGCAGAAUUUAAUGUUUGUGUUCUAAUACCUUGAGAAAAUCAAAGAAUACUGACUAUUACAAACUAGAGCCCAACCGAUAUGGAUUUUUUGGGGCCGAUACCAAUUAUUAGGGUGGGAAAAAAUCUGAUUACUACAGAUAUUCUGAUAGCUACGUUUUAAACCAUAAGAACACUAAUCACAAAGAUCCCCUCCAGUGUCAUAAUUUUCACUUCUCUGUUUUUCUCUCAGAGCCUCGCUGGGCCUCAGUGAACAGGGGUGUGUUGAUUUGUGACGAGUGCUGCAGUGUUCAUCGGAGUCUGGGCAGACACAGCUCCCAAGUUCGUCACCUGACACACACCCCAUGGCCGCCUACACAGCUACAGGUGAUCCACUUCACCCACAGAGCUUAAAAGAAACCCUUAUUUGGUAUCUUUAUAUUUUAGCUUUAAAAAUGUGAUGUUUUUUUUUUUUGAGUAGGAUCACUUCAUCCCAGCAGAAUCCCUUUACUUUUGAACUUAGCAGCCUUUGUCCUCAUCAAGAUAAAUCUCAUGUCGGCACUUUCACAUCAGAUACCGCAGAGCAGUAUUGAUCUUGUCUAAGAAUAGAAAGUGUCGGUUCAGGGAGAAGACUGUUAACAGCCAGUCAGCAUUACAAAAUGUGAAUUCAUGCGGCACAUUUGAACGUUUUUUCGUCAUUUGACCCUAGAUGGUCCAGACAUUAUACAGCAACGGUGCAAACUCAAUAUGGGAGCACUCGCUUCUGGACCCUGCCUCUGUGAUGAGUGGGAAACGCAAGGCCAACCCUCAGGACAAACUGCAGUGAGUUAUUACUGUGUGACAAUAAAGACAGUGUUCUUUUGCUAACCUGAAUUUAUAGAUUGUUGAUCUUACACUGACUCAUCACAUCCUUCUGUGUUUGCCUUUUAUAUGAACCUCCCUGAAGCCCAAACAAAUCAGAGUUUAUCAGAGCCAAGUAUCAAAUGCUGGCGUUUGUCCAUCGUAUGCCCUGCAGAGAGGAUGACAGCUCGACAGCGAAGGAUUUAAGCAAGGUGAGACAAAAAGUGUGAGAUCUUGUACAGAAUUAAAAUUUUGAGCUGUUUUUGGUAUAAAAUGAUGUGGUUUACUUUCACAGCAACUUCACUCAAGUGUACGCACCGGGAAUCUGGAAACGUGUCUGAGGUUGCUAUCUCUUGGAGCACAAGCGAAUUUUUUCCACCCUGUAAGAUUCACCAUCUAUUUUUAAGAGCUGAAUAUUGGACCUUGUUUACAUUAUGUCGAUUUUUGCAUGAGGAUACACCUUUUUCUGAUCGAAUCAACCUCUCCUUUAGGAAAAAGGAAACACUCCGUUGCACGUGGCAGCAAAGGCAGGACAGGUAUCUCAGGCUGAACUAUUAACUGUCUACGGGGCAGAUCCUGGAGCCCCUGACAGCAAUGGCAAAACUCCCAUUGACUAUGCAAGGUAAGACAUUUCAAUCCAUCUUUCACAAUUCAGCUGAAAAAAAAAAAAAUGGAAUCACUGGAAGUAAAUAUUUCUGGACACGUCUUUGCAGGGAAGCUGGCCACCAUGAACUGGCAGACAGAUUGGUGGAGGUCCAGUAUGAGUUAACUGAUCGAUUGGCGUUCUACCUGUGUGGGAGGAAACCAGGUAGAGAGAAAGAGAGAUAUGAAGUUAAAAGAUGGUGUUUAAGAGGACUAUGUGUUGUGUAGUUGGAGUUUGAUGAUUACUUCAGACAGAUAAAAAUCAAUUAUGCAUGACAUUUAAUCUGCUGUGUGAAUAUUGAUUGUGCACUUGACCCAAAUCAUGCUUAAUAGAAAGUGUUUUAAUCUCCUAUAAAUAUUCAUGGCUUUGUUGGCAGUUAUCCCGUACAAUCUGGUUUCUUUCAGAUCAUAAGAGCGGGCAGCACUUCAUUGUUCCUCAGAUGGCUGACAGGUAAGAAAGUGUUCACUAAACUUGGUAUAAAGAAUUCAGCGUCUGAGUGAGGAGUUUAACCUAAAUGUGCUGAACAGAGUGAGCAGAGUGUAAGGGUUGUUUUACUGCUCUGAGGCCUGCUCAAACAUGCCGUUAGCUGGCUGCAGCAUCUAUUAUCUGUGAAAGGAAACAGACUCUGUGAAGUAGCUGACAAACAGAGGAGAAAAACUGCAUGUAGAUGAAGCGUUAUUACCCACAAAGCAGAACAAGCAUUGCAUAACAAACAUUAAACCAUCUUUUGAUUUUCUUUAACUGCUCUCUUGAUGGAUAAGGAACAUGUAAGUAUUUCUCAAAGUGAAGUUUGCAUCGUGUUGGAUGAGCACCUCCUCUGCAGAGCGUUAACACAGUUAUUUUCUGUUUGUAGCAGUUUAGACUUAUCAGAACUGGCCAAAGCGGCAAAGAAGAAACUGCAGUCUGUGAGUACUUUUGCAGAGUUGUGUUGCAGAGUUCUUUUUCUCGCUUUUCUAUCGAAGUUUGAUUUCUUAUGUUUUUUUUUGCAGCUGAGUAAUCAUUUAUUUGAGGAGCUGGCCAUGGAUGUGUAUGAUGAGGUGGACAGACGAGAGACAGAUGCAGGUAAGAUGAUCUAGUGAAAGCAUUGAAGCUAUCACUGCAGUUGCGGCUUUAUUUGCACCACCUGGUCACCACUAUGUCUUUUUAACCACUAUGUCCAGAGAUCUUGGAGUUCAGUUUGAUUCUAACCUCACCUUUGCAGCUCAUAUCAAUAAAAUCACACAGUCUUGCUUCUUCCAUUUACGCAGUAUCUCCAAAUUAAGAUCCAUCCGCUCCCAGUCAGACAUGGAAAAAGUCAUUCACGCCCUCAUCUUCCCCCGCCUAGAUUACUGUAACUCACUUCUUUCUAGUAUUACACAGAAAUCUCUUUCCUGCCUCCAACUUGUCCAGAAUGCAGCAGACAUCACAUUACCCCUAUUUUAGCAUCUUUACACUGGCUUUCCAGUAAGUUUUAGAAUCAAUUUUAAGAUUUUACUCAUUACUUUUAAGUCAGUAAAGGGUCUGGCUCCAAUCUAUAUAACAGAACUUUUAACCCUCUAUGAGCCAUCCCGCACCUUGAGAUCCUCAGGUGGGGGUCUCCUGGUCGUUCCAAAGUCAAGACUUGUAACUAAAGGUGAUAGGGCCUUUUCCAUCAGGGCCCCUCGACUUUGGAACGACCUCCCCGAGGAGAUUAGGUGUGCAGAAACAGUCACUGCUAUAGACUUUCUUUUGUGUGAUUUUGUCUUCUUUAAGGCCAUUUACUUUUCUUAUUCAUGUUUUAUAAAAGUCCCCUUGGUCUCAGGUUUUUGUGGUUGGGUUCCUGUGUUGGCUGGGUAUCACGGGUUCUUAUAAUGUCUUCGUUUUAAUGACGUCUCAGCUCAUGGGACAUUCAUCAAAACUUUUUUGUCUUCCACCGAUUUUUAUUUUAUUUCUUCAUUGCCAGUGAUGUGACAUUUCCCCCCCGAGUGUUCUCUUGUUGUUCUGUUGUUUGUAUCUUUUCCUGCAUGUUAAAGCACUUUGUAAACUCUUGUUUUUAAAAGUGCUGUAUAAAUAAAGUUAUUAUUAUUUAAAAUUUUUAGUGUGGCUGGCUACACAGAAUCACAGCACCCUGGUGACAGAGACGACUGUGGUGCCUUUUCUUCCUGUGAAUCCAGAAUAUUCAUCAACAAGAAACCAGGUUAGUCAGCUGUACACAAGUCCAAUAGGAGGAGUGAUUUAUGUUCCCCCUCUGCAUGAAUGUAGUUUUGUGGAGUGAUGUGAGCCUGUGUUUCUUCCCAGGGUCGACAGAAGCUCGCCAGAUUUAAUGCACAUGAAUUCGCCACUCUUGUGAUUGAUAUAUUGAGCGACGCUAAGCGGAGACAACAAGGGAACUUAAUAUCCAGCCCCAAAGGUCAGUUUAAUGUCAGCGCAGAUCCAAAUGACCCUGAACUGAAGCGCCGCUGUACUGCUUGUACAACGCCUGUCUGUGCUCCUUUUAUCCCAGAUAACGUUGAAUUUAUCCUGAAGAGUGUAGCUGUGAGGCACUGCAGUGACAGUCAGGACAAUGACCAGCCAGACUAUGACAGUGUGGCGUCUGAUGAGGACACCGACCAGGAGCUCCCUUCCAGUAAAGGAGACAGGACGAAGGUAUCACACUGUCACUUUCACAAAGAAAAACCCAGCCAGAUACAUUCUCUCUCUCUCUCUUCUCUCAGGUGUCUUUAUUUUUCCUCUUAAACCCCCUCCCAACAGAGCCUGGACUCUGACCUCUCCGACAGCCCCAUCACCAUGCAGGAGUACUUGGAGGUGAAAAAUGCACUCUCAGCCUCUGAGGCGAAGAUCCAGCACCUCAUGAAAGCCAACAACAACCUGAGUGACGAGCUGCGGCUGAUGCAGAAAAAGGUACCCACCACGUCCAAACAAAACGAUCACUAACUCCGGGGGGGUUGGGCUGGACCGAGGGGGGGCCACAGUGGUCAGUAGAGCUCUUCUCCUGCCUAGUGUCAUCGCUCUCCGGAGUGGAGACCGAGCUGUCUGAACAGGAACGCUCCGCAGAGAGGAUGCUGGUGCGACACCCUGCUGGUCCGCCCUCUGUUUAGACCGGCAUGUUUUGAUUUUGAAACUGGAGAUUUUAUUUUUUAUUUUUUAUUUUCCUUUGCCAUUUUUUCCCCUCGCUAAUAACCAAAAACAGUUGAGUUUGGACAUAAUUUUUUGUACUAAAUUAAGACUACUAUCUGUUGUUACUAACAUGCAUGUUGAAAAAAAAAGCAUGAAGUAAUGGACAGUGACAUUUUUAACUUUCAUAGUUGGUAGUGACUAACUGAAACUGUAUGUGUGUGCCUUGCUUCAUCACAUAUACUUUGUUUAUUUAAUUGAAAAUCUUUGGAUGAUUGUUUUGGAUAUGUGUUUUUUUAUUUGACAUUUGUUGUCCUAGUUGUUGAAACUGGUCCUCUUGAGCUGUUCUGAAUAAUACAUCGCUGUACUUCAAACUGCUGAUUUUAGAUUUUGCAAAAAUGUUGGAGCUGUGUCUUAGCAGGAAAAUGAUCAGUUAGAUUAUGGAUGUUUUCAACAUGUUACAUCUUAUUUUUUUGUUAUUUUUUAUAACUUUAGCGCUUAUAUAUAUAUAUAUAUAUAUUUGUGUUUGUGUGUCGAGGUUGCUUCAUUUCAGUUCUGGUAAACUUGAUGAUUCCUUACAGCACUGUAGCAUACUGUACUGUACUGCACUGUAUUUUUUACUGAUGUGUUUUAGUGUUGUGUUAACAUAUAGACAAACAGAUUAUCAAAAAAAACAACCUCUUUUGAAUGCAGAUGCUGCAGGUACCAAAUGUUUUGGCCUUUUCUUGAAAUACACAGUCAUAGUUGUAGUUUUCAAGAAUAGGAAAAGCAAAAAGUAUUGUAAAAGUAGUUUCCCUUUGUUUGAACCCAACAAUAGCAUAGUAGCCACUGAACAAUAAGCCUCUUUUUUCGACCAACAAUUUCUACCAUUUGUUUUGACCUUUAUUUACUCAAGGCCAGUUUUUUCUGCUCUCAAACUUUUGCAUCUGCAACAAAAUCUCUGUUAUUUUGUUCAUUCUCGGAUGCCUCUUGUCCUCUUAUAAAUUUUCAGUCGAUUCAUCUCUACUUUGGCUUCAACUUUGACUAAAACUGCACCUGUGUUGCUUACCUAUGCAAGAACCUUUUGCUUGCUUACCACUGGCUUUGCAUUUUAGACCAGGAGAACUUCCCCUCCAAACCAGAAUGUAAUUUUCUUCACAUGAUUUUGAGCAGUUCAGUCAACAACCUCAUUGACAGCUGACAGAAUUUGAUAUCAAUGUCAAACCAAAUGGGUUCUCAGGUUUCUAUCAUGAUAAAGUUUCUAGGUACUGAUAAAACUCUUAUUGUGGAGUAAAUAAAACAAUCAGAGAGCAGAUUGUCCCAAAGAUAUGUGAAAACCUGGCAGGGUAGAAUUGAAGCAUGCUGGCUGUAGCAGACUCUGACAGUGCACCUUAGCUUUGUUCAGAUCAGGGAACACAGCUUGCUUUGCUGAGAGCUCCUCUUAGUGUGUUGCUGCCCGUCUCUUCCAGCUGCAAUCUCUGCAAAGCGAGAACACCUCUCUCAGGCGGCAGGUCACUACCAAUAUCUAUCAGGUCCCCAGCGGUUCAGACUACCCCGACCCCUCCAGCCCCUCAGCCCUGAAACGCCGGCAGUCUGCACGGGCCAGUCGGCCCAUGUCUAUGUAUGAGACUGGCUCAGGCCUGAAGCCCUUUCUCCCUAAAGGAGAUACCCCUUACCCUGAGGAGGCCCUCCCUACCCUGCAACCCAUCCCACCUCAUGUAAGUAAGACCUGUUCCCUGCUCUCCUCUGCCACUUCUUCACUUUUGCCCUCUUUCCCUUCACAUUAUUCACCCUGUCUGCAAAUAUUCCUCUGUCAAAACUUCUCUUCCUCAUUUGCCUCUGGGUAGAUUCUUUCAGCAUCAAAAAAAAGAGUCAUCACACAUCACUUAGACACAGCCAGGCAUGUCUCAACCUGUCCAUGUACAUGUUUACGACUACGUGUAUCUGUUGUCGUUCUAGCAAUGCUUGUUUGUACAUGCAAGGACUUGCAAGGUUGCUGUGAUUUUGAUAAACUCUGAAGGUUUGUAUUGUGUUUAUGUUGAUGAAGCAUUAAAACUACCAUACAAGUUCUCUGUGUUUUUGUAAUGCAUGAUACUUUUUUAUAAACUCACUUUUCUUCUCAUUUGUUUGAGUUCUCAUUAAUUGAAAUUUGUUUUUUUUUUUGUGUGUGUGAUGAAAUAACAUUCAAGGCUAUGUCUCACAUAUUUGAUAUUUUGUUUUCAAAGCCUGAAUCCCUGAUCAUAUGGCUUCAACUUUUUAAUUUUUCUCUCAUUGGUGGAUGAUCAAUUAAAAAUUUGUCCAUAGAGACUUUUGAUCCUGUACUCUGAUGGUCACGGCGCAGCUGGUUUUUGACUCCAGCUCCAGUUCUUCACAGAUUUGUUGAUACCAAGUAGCUCAAACAGACUUUGGGGACAAUAGUCUUGAUCAUCUCACUUUUUAGUUUGAUUUUCCUUUUUAAUCAUAGCCAUCUGUGUCCUCUUAAUAUGGUUUGAACCCUGUCUUCAGACGGAAAAGGCUGCUUUUGUGACUACAUCUUCAUCCCUCCCCUCAUUUCCAUCCACCCUCUCCUGGCCGAGGGACGAAAGUGCUCCAAAGGUUAAGUACAUCCUCGGUCCACAUCUUGUUGGAUGCAGCGUAUCCCUCGCCUCUUCCUCUGUCCUCCAUAUGCUGCUCCAUGUCUGCCCUGCUGCAUGAGCCAUCCCUCUACAAACACUUGGCUGUUCUGCAAAGUAAGCUUCCAAUAGCAUGCUUUCACUUCUUUUUGUAACAUUCAGACUCAGCAGUUACUCAAAAGAUGCUUCUGCUGUUAAAAGAUCGAUCUCCUGUUGAGGAGGAAAAGGAUUUUAUCCGGACGUUUGUGAGCCGAUUAGAUUUGAUUCUGAUUCUGAGGCGGGGGAGUGAGUGCUGUGGGACAUUGUCGGUGCAGGUCGACUGACACUGAUGUUAAGAGAAUGAAAAUGUAUAAGAGCUUGAGCUUGAGCUAGCUUCCUGUUUAUUGAUGUUGGUCUGAGUAUGAGAGGUAUUUAUUUAUCCAGUACAGUUGAUGUUUGUCGACCGUGUGGUUCAGUUUAAUUUGGAAACUCCUCUAAACGAAUCUUCUCAUCCUUGUCCUUAAACAAAGGCUCUCUGGAGUCUCCUUUCCUUGAAUUUAGAGGAGGAGUUAAGCUUACAUGUCAUAGUUCUGAUGUCAUUUGUUUCCCCCAUGUGUUGUUUAUUAUCAGUCUUGGCUUUUAGGUGAUUGUUUUGUUUUUUGACAUGAGCGAAAUCGACUGCAAGGGGUUUUCAUCCCCGAACAUUUGAUGAUUGCACGAGUGAUCCCAGAAGAUGAGGUCAGUUUUAAGAGAAGAAAGUGACCUUUAGUGGUUGUGACAUCUCUGUUGGAAUAAACAUCCCGAAAUCUGAAUCAUCUCUUUUACUAACCCCAGAGUGAAUGCUUUGGAUUGAUGAUUCGCUUCACAGCUUUAUGGGCUGAUUUGAGUCAGUCAUCUGCACCGCUUUCUCUUACACUGUGUAUCUUCCAGUUUGGCACACAGCAAACAGGAAAGGCUACAUUACUGAUUUAUGCUUUUGUUAAACUGUUUGACAUGAAGCAUCCAAAUAAUGAUUUCCCCACAGCUGUUUCUGUUUUAUAAGGACUGUGACAUGCGAUGUUUUUUGAGACAAAACCAUCCAUCCAAAUAAUGAUUUCCCCACAGCUGUUUCUGUUUUAUAAGGACUGUGACAUGCGAUGUUUUUUGAGACAAAACCAUCUCUAGCAUAUUUUUUUUAACUGCUCCUUUUCCUUCCAGGCCUCUAAGUUAGAGAAGCAAAGCAGCAUGCCUGAAAGUGACUAUGACAACACAUUCAAUGACUCUGAGAUGGAUGAAUCAGGGUAAGAGCUGUUUACCAGGAAAUCAAGUUCAAGUGGAAGGAUGACCUGUGUUUUCUGCAGAAUAAAACAGAGCUGGGAAUCAGGCAGUAAAGAUGACACGUCGUGAACUCUUCCCCCUACAGUUUGUGCAGGAGAGCGAGGCUGAGGAGCAGCGGCUGGAUGGCUGAGGGGAGCUCCAUCCCUGAGCUGGCUGAUGCAGAGAUAGAGGCAGACCCCACACUUCCCAGCACAGAGGAUGUCAUCCGCAAAACUGAGCAAAUCACCAAGAACAUCCAAGAGCUGCUGCGAGCUGCUCAGGAGAACAAACACGACAGGUCAGAGUCUGAAGAGAAACAGGAUCUUUCUGUAUCGUUUUACCAUCUGCUCUUUAUUUCCUUUCUCACACUGAAGCCCAGUUCCUCUUCCUUUCAUCAUUAUCUGAUUCUGUUCAGCUAGGUUUAUCUCCUGCCAUUUCCUCUUUUUAUUUAUCAUCUUCACUUCUCCCUCCUCUGUUUUUACAUCCACUGUUGUGAUACUGUUUCGAUGUCCCCGCCCCCCCUGUGAGCAGACCAUGUGAGCGGGAAGGUGUGCGCAGGCUCAGACACAGCCUGGGAUGUUUCAGCACUCUGGUGCCCUGGGCCGAGAAGGCCUCCCCUCCCCUUCAGCCACUCAGCCUCCGGUCCCCUGACCCCUCUUCCUGGUACUCUGGCCUCUGUCCCUGCCUCCCAGGCACAGUUUCAUUUUCUCUCCCUCACACAGUUCUUGGCCCUGACUCUUUCUCUCCUGUCUCACCCGCUAACAUGCUGUCUCUCUCCUCCCGUGAUUUGAUCCCGGCUGUAUUCAGUCUGAAACAUUUGAGUUUUUCUCCUCGAGCACUGAAUUUGAGUGUCCUCCAGCCGCAUAAAGAUGAUUCAGAGGUUUCACCUUCCAGCGACUUGGAUUUGAUUUAAAUUCUGCAGAAUAUUCGUUUUUCAAGCUGCAAUUUUGAAUAUGGAAAGGGAAUUUAAAAUAAAAGUAACUUUACUCACUGAAGUUAUCAGUAAACAGCAUGAUAAACGAAAGUUGAAGAUGACAAUGCACGGUGUGUUGUUAAUACUACAGUAUAACUUGCAUGUUAGAGCUUCUGGUUGACUUAUAAACAUAAGAGCUAUAAUUUUAUUAUAUAUUCAUGAUAUUUUGAACUAAUGGACUGCUCUGUUCUCCUCACAGCUUCAUACCAUGCUCAGAAAGAAUACAUGUGGCUGUAACAGAGAUGGCUGCUCUCUUUCCUAAGGUAAGGGAAUGUGCUCAAAUGACAGCUGUUUUAAUCUCUUAAGUUCAUUGUCUUACCAUACUUCAAUUACUGUGCAGAGAUUUGGGGCAAUGAUUAAAUGAGUUCAAUCAAUUCACUGAUUAUUCCUCAAAAAAGGGCAAAACGGAUCAUUCAUAAUGUCAGUUAUCUGGAUCACACUCACUCACUCUUCUUGCAGUCAAAAUUAUUUAAACUUACAGACGUUGUGAAAUUCCAAACAGCACAAAUUAUGCAUAAAGCUAAAAAUAACCCUCUACCACAAAAUGUACAGGAAUUGUUUGGGGAUCGAGAGGGGGGCUAUCAAUUAAGAGGGAAGUAUGACCUCAAAAUUAAUAAAAUCCACACAAGCAGAAAACGGUUUUUCAUUUCAUUCUGUGGGGUGAGACUGUGGAAUGGUUUGGGUGAGGAGUUAAAACAAUGUCCAAACAUAAAACAGUUGAAAAACAAAAUAUAAAGAAUAUGUUUUCAAGGGAUACAGGGAUGUACAAUCAUAUUUACUAUUAUCAUUAUCAUUAUAGUUUUGUUGUUGUUUUGUUAUUUUCACUGUGGUGAUUAUUUUUAUUGCUUUUAUUUAUCAUUAUGAUGAUUAAUAUUAUUAUAUAAUAUUAUGAUAUAUAUUUAGAUCAUCAGUGUGGGAGAAGGGGUAGGACUAGAUGAGUCUCGACUUCUUUCCACUCCUUUUUGAACAUGAAAGACUUUUUGUCAUUUGUUGUGGUAUUCUUUACUUUUUUAUCAUUAUUAUUAUUAUUAUUAUUAUUAUUUUAUAAGUUCAAAAUAAUCACUUCAAUCAAUCAAUCAAUCAAUCAAUCAAUCAAUCAAUCAAUCAAUCAAUAAUGACUGUUUCUAAAUGUACUCUGGGGUAAUUUACAAGCAAGAAUACCUAAAUUUCAAAUUCUAAAUCAGCCAGUACUCUGAGAAACCUUUUUCCUAUGACUAUUUCAGUGUUUUUUAUUUUAUUAAAAUACUGUGAAAUGCCCUUUAAUGUGUGCAUAACUGUGUCCUAAAUAUACCUUCUCUUAAGUGAGUAUGAUGGACAUCAGUCCCACGCAGUUAAUGACUCAUCAGGCUCUGAAGGAUGUGCACUACAUGACCUCUUUAUACAAAUUUGUCGACAUUUACACUCUCCAUCAGCACUGAAAUAUUUAACCUUGUUCUGCAGAAGCCACGCUCAGAGACUGUGAGAGGCUCACUGCGCUUGUUGACCUCGAGUGCGUUCCGGCUUCAGAGUGAGUGCAGGAAGGCGUUGCCCUCAGAGGGCUGCCCAGGACCGGACAUGCAGCUGGUCACCCAGCAGGUCAUCCAAUGUGCUUAUGACAUUGCCAAGGCAGCCAAGCAGCUUGUGACCAUAACGACAAAGGAGAACACAAACUAACAGCACUUACAGGCUGCAAAGCAGUCAGCAUCUCAGUUUUGUUCAUAUAUGUAUAUGAAUAUGUAUGCGUGUAUAUAUCUAUAUACACACACUCUUAAAUGAUUCGGUUGUUUUUUUGUAAUUGCCAUAUCUGCAUGCAUGUUUUUUAUUUAUGAAUGAUUAUUGACUAUAUGAAAGCCAACUCUGGACAAAAUAUGAGUGUCAAGGGAAAUGGUCAGCAACUUUACUAAGAGACACCAGGCCAAUAUAUUAGCACAAUUCCCAUGAGGUAAUUUAUAACCUACACAAAUCAUGGUAAGCCAAAAUACAGCAGCUAGCUGGCCUGGGUACUGUAACAUCUUUAAAAAUUCAAGUAAUCUCAAUCUGCAGUGUAAAUACCUGUAACUGAGAGGAAGCAUUAAGCACAGGACACUAGAUAAUAUCAGUUACUUUAUCAGUCUAAAGCCAGACAAGGGUAAUGAAAAGCCAUAAACAAGUCAUGAAUCCACUGUCAUUGAAUACUGUAGUUCACAAUCUUGUAGCUAAAGGAGCUUCCUGUUUUUUGAUUGCACUGUGCAAAGCGGUAUCACACUGCAAAGUUUUAUCCCCAAACACAAACUGACCAUUUCACCAACUUCCAGUCGAAUGUUAGGAACUUAAUUCGCACAUGUUGAUGUAGCUCUGUAAUGAUAAUGUUUCUGCAUCCAAGAGGCUAUUUAUACGUCUGUCCUCUGUCCAAGUUUAAUCCAGUUGGUAGUGCACUAGUUGCAGCUAUUAAUGUUUGCACAUUUGUCCAGUCAGUGAAUGCGACACUUGUUCAGGGGGCCAAAGUUAUAAUCUCCACUGGUGCCAAGAUGUUGCAUUACUCUCAAAUGAUUGGAUGGUUUUUUAACAGGCUCCAUGCUGAGUUUUAUUCCGUUGUCUUGUGCUUCACUGCAUUACUGGAUGUUAUUCAGAGCUAAUAGCCAUACUGUAUGUGCAUCCACGUGUUUUGUGCUCUGUUCGGUUGCUGCUAGUUUUGCAGUAAAUGUGCAACAUAUGGGAUAGAAAUGUAGAUGUCUCCUGAAUAUUUGUGCAACCCAGCAUCCAUCCUCAGCAAGUGUUUCAGAGUUCAUCUUUUUGAAAUCUGAUCAAGGUAAUGUCCCUCUCUGUGCUUCAGUGGAGCGCAGGGAUGUAUGUGAUGCAGCGUCAGAGUUGCAAUUUGACAAAUAAUUAUUUUCUAAAUAAACUUAAUUUAUAACUAUC